UCGUCGAGCAGAGAGAGAGAGAGAGAGAGAGAGAGAGAGAGAGCGAGCAGAUUCACGGUUCUCUCAUUUGGUUGUCGAGUACACGCAGUGAGAUCUCCACCCUUAGCGGAAAAUGUCUCUCUGCGUCCUCUCCCUGCUCAUUGCCUCCGUCUCCCUGGGAAGAUCUGACCCUCUGUGUGAGGGGACUAACUGUCGGCCGACAUUAGGCACACUCAUUCCUGCUACCUCGGUUUUGCCUCCAACUCCUGGGUCACUGAGUCCAGGCAUUACAACCAACCAAACAACUCCCACUCCAACAACAACCAAACACACCACCCAUUCCCCAACACCAACCAAACACACCACCCAUUCCCCAACACCAACCAAUCACACCACUCACACCCCAACACCAGCCAAUCACACCACUCACACCCCAACAUCAGCCAAUCACACUACCCAUACACCAACACAAGCCAAUCAUACAUCACCAACCAAUCACACCACACCAAUUCCAACCAAUCACACCACCCAUUCAGUCCCAACUCCCACAGGCCCUCCAGUGCUGACAAAGGGAACGUACAAGGUGUCCAAUGACAAAAUGAUCUGUGCCUUGGCAACACUGAAGAUCGAGCUGCGUGUCGAGUAUGAGACCGGCAGGUGGGGAACAUUUUUCAUCCAACCCAACCACACCAAGGCAUCGGGAGCCUGUGAGAAAGACACUGUGAGCAUGACCCUGACCUACCCGCAAGGGUUCCUGACUUUCGGCUUUAAAAAGGACAAGGACAGGAGUUAUCACCUUCACCAGAUCGAGACCCAGCUCACCUAUAAAUUCCCGGGUUCUACCAGAUCCAUGAAGUUUACAGCCAACAACACAGCGCUGGUGGUGAUGGAGACGGCGCUAGGCCACUGCUCUCGGUGCUCCAACCUCUCGCUGGAGGCUGGACACUCCUUCUGGGUUGAUCUCGUGGACCAGGAGGUGCAGGUCUUUGAAGUCCCAAGAACACAGACCUUCGGCCCAGCUGACGUGUGUCCUCGGGACCACAAGCUGCCCGUAGUCGCCAUCGUGGUGGUGGUCUUGCUGUUGCUGCUGAUCAUUAUCAUCGUUAUCGUCUACCUGAUCCACCGGAAGCGCAGCCCUGCCGGCUACCAGAGCCUCUGACCGCACCCGGCCAGUUCUGCUGUUAGUGCAACUUCUGUUGGGGUGUGGGGAUGAAGGAAUUGGGGGUGGGGGGUGGGGGGUGGGGGGGGAAGGUGCUUCCCGUGCUAGGACCUGGGACUAUUUCUGCUUCACAUGGUGAUGAUCGGAAACCAGAUCCACCAGGUCUGUGUGCUUGUGUGCUUUGUUUUGCUUCAUUUUGCAGGGGGCAUUGUUCUGAAAUGAUCUCUCCUCCCCCCCCCACCCCA